CCGGUGCGAGCCGUCGAGCCCCGCCCGCUGGGUGUCCCCGGCCGCCCCCGCCGCCCGCACCAUGUCCGACGCUCCCCGCAUCCCCGGGGACGUCUGCAGCUUCUUGGCAGAUGUUGAAACAUUUGUUUCCCAAACACUAAAAGGAGAAAAUCUAUCCAAGAAAGCAAAAGAAAAGCGUGAAGCUCUUCUUAAGAAGAUAAAGGAUAUUAAGACAAGCUAUCCUCAGGAAUUCCUGGAGAAAGAGCUGGAAGAUGAGGAAGAGUCAGAGAACUCUCUUUCUUCGCCUCCUGAUAGCGUCUCAAUAGCAUCUGACCGAUAUGAUAAAGAGGAUGAAGCCCCUUCUGAUGGCAAUCAGUUUCCUCCUGUUGCAGCUCAGGAUCUUCAGUUUGUUCUGAAGGCUGGAUACCUGGAAAAACGUAGAAAAGACCACAGUUUUCUUGGCUUUGAAUGGCAGAAGCGUUGGUGUGCUAUCAGCAAGACAGUCUUCUAUUACUAUGGAAGUGACAAAGACAAACAACAGAAAGGUGAAUUUGCCUUAGAGGGCUACACCAUCAGAAUGAAUAAUAGCCUUCGGAAGGAUGCGAAGAAAGAUUGUUGUUUUGAAAUCUCUGCUCCAGAUAAGCGCAUUUAUCAGUUUACAGCUGCCACUCCCAAGGAAGCAGAGGAAUGGGUACAGCAAGUCAAAUUUGUAAUUCAAGAUACAGGAUCUAAUGCUAUUCCUGAAGAGGAGGAAGAGGAAUAUGAUGAUGUUGGACAAGCAAACAGUGACGCAAUAGAUGAUAGCAUUUAUGAAGAAGUUAAAGAAGAACGUCUUUCUUCAAAAGCUGAAAGGUCAAGCAAUGAGAACCAGGAGGAAGUUACCACUGUUUCAGAUAGCGAAAAUACCGAUUAUGCCAAUUUCUAUCAAGGUUUGUGGGACUGCACAGGAGAUGAAGCUGAUGAGUUGACAUUUAAACGUGGUGACGUUAUCUACAUUAUCAGCAAGGAGUACAAUAGAUUUGGCUGGUGGGUAGGAGAAAUGAAGGGAACCAUUGGCUUGGUGCCUAAAGCCUACAUAAUGGAGAUGUAUGAUAUUUGAGAGGCCUGGGAGAAAUCUGCACUUGAAAUGAAGAGUGGUGUGCAGCUGCAGUUUACAGAGCCAGCCUCUGGAAGACGAUUCUGCUGUACAUGUUUUGCGGUUUCAGCGAAUGUAGUCAGAUCGUUGCCUCGUGAACAUUAAACAUUAUAAACUGUAAUUGAUCAUAACUUUAUGGAAAUGGUCUGCUUAGCCACUUCUUAUAGAAUUUUAAUGCUAGGAAAUUAAUAGAUGGUAAUUAUCAUAUGGGGCACAAGCAGCCGUAUAGUGCCUGUUGCUCUUUUUUAAACAUGUCAGCAGCACUCUGUAUAGCUGUAGGUUUGGGCUCUCUCAGGGAAUUUUGCUAUCUUUUCCUGUUCUGCAGAUUCAGAAAAAAUAUGCAGAGCUUUGAGGGUAAACUCUUACUCAAUUCAUGCAUGCAUUAACCUUUUAAUGCUCACUGUACAUCUUGUGCAGUUGAAUCAGAAAGUUGAGGGAAAUUUAUGUAUAUUUCAGGUCUUCGGGGUAUUCUGUUUCCAGAUGUUUUCAAGUUAUGCUUUAGCCAAUGAUAAAUUUUUUCUCAUGUAUUUAGUAUUGUAUUGUUAAUUACUUCUUUGUUGACACAGAAUGAAGAUUUGAUUAUUUUGCUAAUGUAAUAAAUGCGCCUGUGUGGUAAUACUGCUGUGGUACCAUUCUGACUUGUCAUGGUAAUUCUGUGGAAAUUUGUGAAAAUAUAUUAAACCCUAAAAUUUUUGCUAAGUCAACGCAAGAUAAAUUGCAGGUAAAAAUAUUUUUUUCUGUGGUAGUGUGAAAUAUUUUACCUGUACCUUACAGAUAAUUUUGCAGAGUCUAUUAUCUUGCUGGUAUGUGGAAUUCUGAUACAGGUUGUGCAACAGAGAUCUUCAUCUUCACCCUGUGUGAAUUACCAACAGCUACCUGCAUUCUUGUGUCAAAGCCAGAACUUUGUGGCUAAUCAAAAACAUUGCCUGAAACAUAAAAAGGUACACUAAAAUACUACCACUUGUGCAGAAGUGGUUGGGCAAGUCAGAGUUAAUAUUUUACAUACUCUUCUUUAGGAGAUGUACUUUACCGUUAGCAUGGAAGAUCAACUUUUUUGGGUCCUCCCAGACAGUUGAUUUGUGAGACCCUUAAUCUGCCAGCGAGGCAGGUCAGGCCAGCCUGUGAGCUGCUGAGCCUGUGCAGGUCCCCGUGUAGCUGCUUGUGCUGUUUAUGCUUCAGGCAGACCCCGCGGACACCGUGGGUUAAAAGGAAACGUCAGCCUGAACUCGGAAUUUGGAUCCUUUCAGUAAACUAAGAUGUUGUGCUCUGUGUCAGCUAAUGUAUGGUACUUGCUGGUACACUGAAUUCUAAUAGGCGUCAAACGGGACCGAGGUUUGUUGUAAUUUUUUAAAGAGAUAGUCAUUGGAAUUGAUUCUGUGUGUUAUCAGCGAAGCAUUAAAAUGAUAGAUUAUAGUCUUCAGAUCUUUUACUACUUUAAUUUGUCAAGCGUACUGGUGGAUUGUGUACAGAAUGUGAAGCGUUAAUAGCGGGGCUGGAAACGCUCCUUCUCCCUUGUUAACAUGGCAGCGCCAUAAAUCUGCCCGCCGAAAUGGCUUUUUAUUAACUGCAGAAUUCCGAAUCCCACCACCACCACCACCACCACCACCAUGUAUUUUUAGGGCAUGAGCCCUGCCCCGCUCCCGAGGCGCGGUGCGUCCGCUCGGUGCGUUGGCUCGGUGCGUUGGCUCGGUGCGUUGGCUCGGUGCGUCGGCUCGGUGCGUUCGCUCGGUGCGUUCGCUCGGUGCGUUCGCUCGGUGCGUUCGCUCGGUGCGUUCGCUCGGUGCGUUCGCUCGGUGCGUUCGCUCGGUGCGUUCGCUCGGUGCGGGGCGGCCCCGGCGCGGUCCCUCCUGCGCUGCGCUGCGCGGCCGCGGCGCUGGGUGGCAGCAGAUUUUCGUGGGACGGGCGGAGGCGGGUCCCGCUGCCGCCGCCGUCCCUGUCCCCUUCCCCCUCCGCGCUGUCCCGCGCCGCUUCUGCCCUUCUUCCAGGAGAGGGAGUCCUUAGCCAAGCGAUGAGGGGCAGGGGUGCCCGGCGCGGCCUCUCCUGGGUGGUGACAACCAGAGACAUCAAGUGGCUUUUGUCUGUAAUUCUCUUUUAGGGCUUCCCCCUUCUUAGUGCUUAUUGCUAGCGGGGAGUAAAUAAACUGCCUUAAAUUCAAAACGUGAAAGAUGUCCCGAAACUCACAGGUAAUGUCUCAGAAUAAACCAGCGAUGCACCACGGAUGAAUGGUUUACUCUUAAAUCUGUGCGAAUUCCAUAACCUUUUUUGGAUAAGAAAAUCUCAGUUAAUACAACUCAAAUAAAACUCAGGUAGAAGGUGCUAAUUACUUCAUUUUCUUUGUUCUCUUAGAUUGUGCUUGCCUUUCUGUAAACGGUGAGAGAGCAGAUUUUUAAAAGGUGAUUGUAACUCUCACAUUGUACAGCGUUUUACUUGGUUAUUUGCUGUGUUCUGGAUUUGUAUGGUACUGCCAUUAGAUCUUAUAAUAAUGUUCUACUCUGCAAAUUUUUAAGGUUCAAAUAAAGUUUAAUUGUUUGCAAA